UUUUUUUUGGAUUGAAUUUUUGAUUUGAUUGAGAAAACAAUUUGUGUGUUAAAUUUUCAAAAUUUUUAAUAGUAUUUUAAUAAGCUCGCCAUCCAUGUGAGCGACGUUCGUCGUCGUCGUAAAAAGCAUUCAUUUCGGCUGAUAGACGGAAACCGCUAGUUUUGGCGAAGAAAAAAAAAAAAAAAAAAAAAAAUAAAUAAAUAAAUAAAUAAGGAAAACAGAACGGACUAAAUAAUAAUAAAUUUAUGAAAUUUCAUCACGUGUUAUAUUCUGUGCAGUCGCUUUAGUUUUAUUUUAUUUUUGUUUAUUAAUUGUACGUCGACGGUAAUGCUUGUGCGAAUUGUAAACGCGCCGGUACGCUCCCAUCAACGGUGAUAAUAAUGAAUAUAAAUCAACACAGUGGUCCUGGCCGACCAAUGAAGUCUUAUGCCGCAAACGCCCUUAAUACAACACUAGCGCCGUCAAUAGCAAUAAAGACUUGCGACAGUAGCAAUCAUUUUUCAACAUUGAAUGAAAUCGAUUACAAGAAAGUAGCGAUUACAACAUUUAUGAAUACUAAAACCGGCUCAUCGACAUCUUCAAUGUCAUCGCCAUCGUUGUCCAUUAUUUCCAGUUCUUGUUCGUUAUCGUCGUCAUCGUGUACACCAUUAAUUAACGGUAAUUCUGCAUGCAAAAGCGUUUGCGAAGGUGCAGGCAUGACAUCUACCACUAUGAAUAUUAGCAAUAUAUCAUCAAGUAGCAAUGGUGGUAAUAGUGGCAAUAAUGGUGCUGGUAGUAGUGGUAGUAGUUGCAGCGGCGGUAAAAUUACAAAAAAUUUUAUAGCCCCUCCACCGCUGCCGCCAGCUAUUGGUUGUACUACCUCAUCGGAUCGUUUAGUGACGGGGCCUUCAUGUAAGGCUUUACGCACAGCUGUUUCAGCUUUAUAUUCCGUCGAUGAUUUCGUCAAAGAGAAAAUCGGUUCAGGAUUUUUCUCCGAAGUUUAUAAGGUUACACAUCGUACUACUGGACAAGUUAUGGUUUUAAAAAUGAAUCAAUUACGAGCAAAUCGACCAAAUAUGUUACGAGAAGUGCAACUUCUAAAUAAAUUAUCGCAUCCAAAUAUAUUAAGUUUUAUGGGUGUGUGCGUUCAAGAAGGUCAAUUGCAUGCCUUAACCGAGUACAUAAAUGGCGGUUCAUUGGAACAAUUGUUGGCCAAUAAAGAGGUGGAAUUGGGUGCUGCUUUGAAAUUAAAACUAGCUCUAGGUAUAGCUCGUGGUAUGGCUUAUGUACACGAUGCGGGCAUUUUCCAUAGAGACUUAACUAGUAAAAAUGUGUUAAUACGAAAAUUACCGGCUGAUCAAUAUGAAGCAGUGGUGGGUGAUUUUGGUUUAGCUGCAAAAAUACCAGAUAGGAAAUGUAAAACACGCUUAGAAUAUGUUGGUUCACCGUAUUGGGUUAGCCCUGAGUGCCUAAAAAAUAAAUUUUAUGACGAGAGAAGCGAUGUGUUCUCGUUUGGCAUUAUAUCGUGUGAAAUUAUAGCACGCAUCGAAGCCGAUCCGGAUAUUAUGCCGCGCACCGACUCUUUUGGUCUGGACUAUUUGGCAUUUGUUGAAUUGUGUCCCAUGGAUACACCUCCUGUAUUUUUAAGACUGGCCUUCUAUUGUUGUAUUUACGAUCCUAAAAGUAGACCAACGUUUCAUGAUGUUGUUAAGAAAUUGACGUUGCUUUUAGAGAAAUAUCAACAUGAUGCUGUCGCGAAAAAUGUAUCAAAGACAUUGAAGGCAACCUCAGCAACAAGUACUAGUAGCUCUUCUCCGUUAAGUUCAUUGGAGAUGACUAAUUGUGCAUUAAGCGGAAGUGAUUCAGAAAACCAAAAUGUUUGCGUGACACUUAAAAACGGAUCCGCUCGUCAAGUGUUAACAAAGAAAUCUAACUCUGCCACCAAUACUACCAGUGCAGCAUCAUGUGUAAAUACAGCUUCGGCCACCUGUCUAUCCCCCAGGCAUCUAAGAGAGGUGAGCGACAAUGGUUUCGUUUUUACGGAACCUAAUAAACGCAUCAGUUCAAUACCAAACGAUCCAGCAAAAGUUUUAAGUCACAAAAAACUUGUUGAAGAUAGCAUUAAUAUAAACAGUCGAGUUAGAAGAGCUACGAAAAAGUAUGAAGCAGCUGCUGAAUUAUUAAUGCAACAACACCAUCGUCGUUCUCUCAGUGAGAAUAUUAUACAUUUCCCAUUGCAUACCACGCCCAGUGAUAAGGCGCGUUGCCACCAAAUGCAGCGGCAAAGAUCGUCGACUCAUUCACCCACACCUCCGCCAAUCAAUGGAUCGUCAAGUGCUACUUUGGUUAGAGCGAUACCCGUGCAAGUCUGCGAAUCGCCUACACCGGGUUUAACGUUAAGAAAAGUGGCAGAAACAAUGUGCCUGAAAGAUGCUCAAUACAAACCCAUGAGAACGGAUCAGAAUGGUGUGAAAACUAACCCUUUUACCGCUCUAGCCCAGUUGCGACGAGUCAAAAAGGUAUUGGGGGCCAAUCCUAAAACUUAUGCUGCUGGAGUUGGUGAUUUAUUUAGCUCGUGCUUUGAAAUGUGCGCUCCCUUUUUUAAAGAGAUGGCAGCCUUACAAAAGAUAACCAGUGCCGCGGAUGAAAAUAAACUAUUAGGAGGAUUGGGAGCGGCAGCAACGAUCAUAGCUCAUUCGCCCAUUGAACCAAAAAGCCUCCCCACCUCGCCCCAAUUGACACGUAAAUUUAGUGCAGCUGAUUUGAAAUUAUCACCGAGUUUACAAAUAGGCCGACGCCCAACUGCCGAAGAUGAAGACGAUUGCGUUGAAGACUCCGAUAUCGAACAAGAUGCAGAUGGUGGCGGCAAUUGCGCUGACGCUGAAUCGAGUAGCGAUGAUUCUGCCGAAAGACCCGCUCCUGCACCUGCAACCCGGAAGUAUCGUGCCAAUUCCUUGUUCACACAUCCAUUGUUUCGCGGCAGCAAUACCGUCAAAAAUGACGAACAAACUAUCACAACGUUAAAUGCGAUCGGUGCUGCCGUUACCGGGGAAGAGUUUAACUCUUCUGAGGACGGCUGCGAAGGUGACGACAAACCCUCUAAGGAUCUGUCGACAUCAAUUUCGACACCGGCUCCUCCUGCCCCCACAUCUACGUUGCCACUCGUAGCUACGCCUGCCUCAAUAUCCUCAUGCCCCGAUUUCGAAUUAAACGAAAUUAAGCACGAUUUUUUGCCCACCAAAAGCACAUUAACCCGACGUGAUUCGAUCGAAAGCGGAUUCUAUUCGUGCUUUAACGAAGAAUCCGAUGCCGCUACUACAUAUCGCCAAUAUGGGGGCGGAAUGUCAACAUUAGGUUUGGGCUGCGGUGGUAGCAAUUGUUGUUUUGAACAGCUAAAGUCACAAUUAAUGUUAGAUGUGGGCGCCAAUGGUGAUUUGAGUGAUAAAUUGGCCAGUUUAUGUCGGUGUUGUUAUUACAGUUCUACGUCACAAGGCGGUCAUCAUCAGCAACUCUUAAAUGAUUCUUCUUCUACCUCAUCGUCGGUGUUGCUGAUGGAUGAGGUGUCAAGUGGAGCAGGAGGACCAAUUGCUGUAAAUACUCGGACAAAUACUUCGGCAUUACGUUCACUCGACGACCUGGAAUUGCCAGAUGCUACAAGGACCAACAAACGUUAUGCCUGCCAUCAUCAUUUGUUAAGCAGUAACGAUCCAAACUUAACCGCAACCGCAGGCCUAAUUAAUCGUUUAGCCUUGGACUCGGAAAUUCAUUCAAUGAUGCAACGUAGUCCAUUUACUACGAAUCAAUUAUUGUACUGUAAAAAUCGCACCUCAUCCAUUUACACGGACAGUUCCGAUGAUAUUAGCAGCCUUGCGGGUUCAGACUCAUUGCUAUGGGAUGAUCGUUCGUUUGCGUUGCCACCCAGCACACGUUCCGCGCAAAUAGCCAAAAUUGUGGAAUAUUUUGAACGUAAACGUCAAGUACCUGAUAGUAAUCCGCCACCCCGUAACGCUGGCGGGCAUUCGCCAGCGAGCGGUAGUGGAUCCACCUCAUCGUCAUCGUCCAUGGCAGCUGCUGUGGCUGCAUCAUAUUUAUCCUACGAUACUAGACGGUAUUCUGAUUUCAAGCGUCACGCAACCAUUAACUCGGAUUAUGAAGCUUUUUGUUUCGAAUUAGAUAAAAAACCAUCUCAAGCACGCUUAAUGGUAUGCGAAGGCGCGGUCAAAUCAAAAUUACAAAUAUUUGAUAAAAUUAAACAACAACAUCAACAAAAUUCAAUGGCAGCGGCAGCAGCGGCGGCAACAGCAGCGACUACCUGCACAUCUGUCGCACAUCCGCUAGCGGUUUCACAUAAUUCUAUAAAUUCAACGACGAUGACGACGUCCUUGAGCUCUGUAACACCAUCCCAAACACCCACAACAUCAGCAACUGCUGCGGCUAACAUAACAUACAAUAAAUGCUAACGUACAGCUCAUGUUAAAUGAAAUUAAUGUUUGCUGUUAAAUUAUUACUAAACUUUUAGCCGAAGCCAGCAAGUAUAAGCUGCUGUUGGUAGACUGUUCAUUUUGUGAAUGAUAAUAAUACGUUUGAACUGCACGUAUUCAAUAUGCUUAACAUAUUCUUUGCUCUUUGCUCAUAUAUUUUUUUUUUACUUACCUAUCCUACGCCCCUCACUAGUAAACAAAUUUAUUUUGAUAUUUCUUCGUUGUUCUUUCUAUCACCAUCGAUGGAAAUUAAGCAUACACAUGCACAUAGAGCAAAUCUCAUUCAUUCGUUAACGUUAUUCAACGUACUAAAUAUAUGAUUUCUUUGAGUGUCUACAUGUAUGUCUGUAUUCAAUAAUAAAAAAUAAAAAACAAGAAAAAAAAACAAAAUAAUAUUUUUCGUUAACAAUGCCAUUCAUUUUACACACACGCAUUGCCCUUCUAUAUUACAUUGUGUUUUUAUAAUAAUUUUCUCUAAAAAAUAAGAAGAAAAUUAAAUGAAUAUUUUUCUGCUCUAUUUGAAUAUGGAAUUAAGAAAAAAAAAAAAAUUCAGCAAACUUUUUUCAAUCAUUGUUUAUUCUUUUAAAAUCCCGAUCGGUUUGUGUCGCAAACAUAUCACUUAUUCCGAUGUAAUGCCCUGUACCUGUAAAGGUCAAGUUCAUGUUUUUCGGCAAAUCAAUGUUUCAUUCCGUUAUUUCGACAAAUGUUUAAAAUACCAUAAUAUAUAUUACUACUGAUCGAUGAUGACUAUAAGAAAAAUAAUUAUGUUUAUUAUGCUGGUCUACAGAACAAGGAAUAAAUUGGCACCAGCCUCGAAUUUUCGAUAAUUUUCUAUAAAUUUUCUAUAGUCAUGGCAGGAAC